CGCCGCCGCUGCUGCCGCCCUUGGCUGCCGAUGAGGCGGUGCGCGUGGCCGCUGCUGCGGUUCCCGGCCCGCGCGGGGCUCGUCCUCCGCCAUGGCGGGGCUGCCGCUGCCCGCCUGCGCCCCGCUGCCGCUGCUACCUCCUUCUCUUCCUCUUCUUCCUCAGUCGGCGGGGACGGCUGCCCCCGGGCCCCUGACACCUCUCUCUUCGUGCCCGUGCCGCUGAAGCCUGUCGGUGAUGCGGCCGAAGAAGACGUAGGCGCCGAGCUUACGCGGCCCCUCGACAAGGGGCUGAAGGCGUGUUGUCCCACUGCCUUCGUAUGCGGGGCUGGGGCCCUCGGGCCGCGGCAACUGGGUGCUUCUGAGGCCUGA